CACACACACACACACCUUCACCUCCAUCCUCAUCCUCCUCUUCUUCGGUGGAUGGAGAGAAUAAUAACAGCGGAGCUUCAUCAUCAUCUUCAUCACCUUCAUCCUCACUGUGCAGCAUCACAGCAUCGUCUUCAUCAUCAUCUUCAUCAUCGUCGUCUCCUCGCGCUGCUGCGCUGAAAAGUUGAGGAGGAUCAAACCGGGAGAAGCGGAGGAGCUGUCGCGUGCCGCUAACCCGGGAUAAUCCGCAGCACGCGCGUCAUUAGCGGACUGAGUGGAAACGGAUCCGGUGCUUUUGUAAAAAUUGAUUUUAAAAAGCAAAUAUUAAAGGAUUUACUGUGAAUUUACCGGACGAAGAAUCCUGAAAAAAACACAUGUUUGCUUCACGGACUCGAUCACGGAUCAGUACCGGCGCUGAAACCCGGUAUUGAAGCGGUUUAACGGAUGUUUGUGACGCUAACGUAACGGACGGUCCCGGGUGUGGAUGCGACCGACGGUGGGUUUUUUUCUACCGGGGAGAAAUGAGAGGCUGUGACCGGGACACGCGCUGCUCAUCCCGGGACUGAGCACCGGGAGGGAGAGGAGAAGUUACCGCGGGGACCGGGGGAGUUCAGGCGGACCUUUACCUGCUUUACCGGCUCAUCAUUAACACCAGGAUCAACCCGUUAUAGGAACCGGAUCGAUCGAGACCGUCAACGGAUUUUAAAACCCGCUUCUUUGUGUCCGGAUCCAUCAGUUUGAUCAGCUGGACAGAAUUAACGAUCCGAGAGGGAUCACGAAAAAAAAACUAAGUCAAAAUUAAAGCAAAAUCGGAUUAAAAGAAAAUUUUCCCUCAAAAAAUAACAAAAUUUGUCUGGAGCUCAGAUUUUAAACCAUUUUAGAACAAAAUCUACAAACGAAAAUAUCAAUUAAAUGAACACAUGAAUGUUUGGUCAGUUCUUUAUUGUGUAAUGUAAUCAUCAGCGGCUCCCGACCCUGACCCUAAUGUUCUGCGUGGCGUUUUAAUUUCCCACGAACAACAGUAAUAACAAUAAUCCCGUAACGCCGCGUUGGGGAUUUAUUUGCGCGCGUUAUUGCCCGGGUGGAGCUGUUGUUGAACUCGGAAGAAAUCAACUUUACGACGUCCGGCGGGGCGCGGAAGUCGUCCCCCCGCGUUCGUUUAAGACCUCGCUCUCUUUGACUGCACGUCGGUCAAGUUUGUGUGGAGUUCACGGCGAGGAUCGUCGUCCGACGGCGCGUCCUCCUCGAGCUCCGCUCCGCUGUGACUCAAGCUCUUUGCUGUGAAAGUCCAUGGAUGGUACGUUCACUGUACAGCCACAUCCUCAACGGCAUACCACCACCUCCUCCUCCUCCUCCUUCCUCUCAGCCUCCUCCUGAAAUCAAGCCAUGCUGCAUUGAUUUUUUCCUUUCUUUCCUGUUUCCCCCUCCUCGCCGCUAAAACCAGAACGCACACGGCCACUUCGCCCUCUCUCGACUGUCGGGUUUGUUUCCUGAAAUGUGAGCCAUGUACGCGCCGCGUUCGUGUCAGAGCUGAAGGACGUCCGGCGGCGCCCGAGGUCAGAGGUCAUGUUUUCACAGAUGUAACUCGCCCCCGGGAGGUUCGGCAGAAACAGGAAGCCGGAGAGGAGUUUGAAUCUGGGACGAAUGAAACACCCAAACAGAGUUUUUCCUCUGACUCGAGUAUAAAUGUUCCUUCAUUUGAGCUGGAACCUGUUUCUCACUUUGACCCUUCAGGACAUUUCUCUGUUGUUAAAGUGACACUUGAAGCUAAAUGGGACUCAACGACAGCAGCCCGGGCACCAUGCGGAAUGGCCGCGGCCUCUCGGACCAGUGGGCCGAGUCCGUGGUGGUCCGGCCCCGUACCACGGAGCGCCACAUCACAGUGCACAAACGUCUGGUUCUGGGCUUUGCUCUGUCCAUCCUCACCCUCAUCAUCGUCACGGCCGUGGCCGUGGUGCUCAGCAUCCGCUUCGAGGAGUGCGAUGGGCAGAAUCGCGAGGCAGCGGCCGGGGGGUCGGGUUCCAGAGGUUCCGGAGGGUCGGCCAAGUUGAACGGGAGCAGAGGGGAGAGGACGGGGGAGAGGGGGGACGAGGAGGCGGCGGUUCAGCCGUGGAGAAACUUGCGGCUGCCCGGCUCAGUGAGGCCGCGUCAUUACGACCUGCGGCUCGCGGUCUACAUGGACAACUUCACCUUCUCUGGAGAAGUUAGCAUUGAGCUGGAGUGUGUCAACGCCACACGCUUCAUCGUCCUACACGCCGAUCGACUCGAGGUCGACCGUGUGACGGUGACGGCGGAGGGAGGCGUUGGCGGUCGCCCCAACAACCGUCCCGGGGGCGGAGUCAUGCGCGUCCACCGCCACUUCGCCUUCCCGGCCAAUCAGAUGUACGUGGUGGUGCUGCACCGCGAGAUGAAGCCCAUGAGGGUUUACCGCCUGAACGUGAGCUUCGACGCCGCCAUCGAGGACGAGCUGCUCGGCUUCUUCAGGAGCUCGUACACGCUGCAGAGGGAGCGGCGUUACCUCGCCGUGACCCAGUUCAGUCCGAUCCACGCCCGGAAGGCCUUCCCGUGCUUCGACGAGCCGGUCUACAAGGCCACGUUCUCUCUCGCCCUCCGCCACGACCAGCAGUACACCUCGCUCUCCAACAUGCCCGUAGAGAGCAGCUCGCUGCCGGACGACGACGGCACCGUGACCAACCGCUUCGCCCGGACGCCCCGCAUGUCCACGUACUACCUCGCCUGGGCCGUGUGCAACUUCACCUACAAGGAGACGCAGACGGACGGCGGCGUGACGAUCCGUCUCUACGCUCGGCCGGACGCCAUUUCCAGCGGCGCGGGCGACUACGCUCUCCACAUCACCAAGAGGCUUCUGGGAUUUUACCAGGACUACUUCAAAGUCCAGUACUCGCUGCCGAAGCUCGACUUGUUGGCGGUGCCCAAACAUCCCUACGCCGCCAUGGAGAACUGGGGUCUGAGCGUCUUCGUGGAGCAGAAGAUCCUGCUGGACGCCGAGGUGUCGUCCUCGUCCUAUCAGAUGGAGCUGACCAUGGUGGUCGUCCACGAGAUCUGCCACCAGUGGUUUGGGGACCUGGUGACGCCGGUGUGGUGGGAGGACGUGUGGUUGAAGGAAGGAUUCGCUCACUUCUUCGAGUAUGUCGGCACAGACUUCCUCUUCCCAAAGUGGAACAUGGAGAAACAGCGGUUUCUGACUGACGUCCUGCAUGAGGUGAUGCUAUUGGAUGGCCUCAGCUCCUCCCACCCAAUCUCCCAGGAAGUGGAACAAGCGACGGACAUCAACCGAGUCUUCGACUGGAUUGCCUACAAAAAAGGGGCAGCGCUGAUCCGGAUGCUGGCGAACGUGAUGGGACAACCGUUGUUCCAGAAAGGUCUCAACGAUUAUCUGCUGAGUCACAUGUACGGCAACGCGGCGCGAGACGACCUGUGGAGGAAACUGUCCCAGGCCAUGCGCUCAGAGGGGCGGGACAUUGACAUCGGCGAGAUGAUGGACAGGUGGACUCUUCAGAUGGGUUACCCCGUCGUCACCAUCAGCAAGAACCAAUCGGAGCAGCUGCCGACGCGUUACAUCACCAUCAGCCAGGAGCACUUCCUGUACGGACAGGAAGUGAGGAACAGCAACAAUGACAGUUUACGAUGGCAGGUCCCGCUAACGGUCGCCGUGGGAAACAUGUCCACCACCUCUUUGCAGAGUCUCAUCUGGAUCAACAACAGGACGGAGACGCACAGGAUUGCGCUGAUGGGCGACAACACCUGGUUGCUCGGCAACGUAAACCAAACGGGCUACUUCCGCGUGAACUACGACCUCCAGAACUGGAAACUGCUGAUUCAGCAGCUUCACGGCAACCCACAGAUCAUCUCAGUGGGAAACAGGGCGGGGCUUAUUGAUGACGCGUUCAACCUGGCCAGGGCUGGGUACCUCCCACAGGGCAUUCCCUUGCAGCUGAUUGGCUACCUGCCGGAGGAGACGUCCUUCCUGCCGUGGCACGCCGCCAGCCGAGCGCUCUACCAGCUGGACAAACUGCUGGACCGCACAGAGGAAUACAGCCUGUUCAGUGACUACGUGUUAAAGCAGGUUGCUGCGAGGUAUCAUCAGAUGGGAUGGCCGACAAACGGUCCGGGCAGCGAGGGCAGCGUCCUGCAGGCGUCCUACCAGACUGAGGAGCUGCAGCGGGAGCUCAUCAUGCUCGCGUGCAGCUUCGGGAACAAACAGUGCCACCGUCAGGCCGUCGCCUACAUCUCUGACUGGAUCUCCAGCAACAAGAACAGAAUUCCUCCGAACAUCAGAGACAUCGUUUACUGCACCGGCGUCAGUCUCAUGGACGAGGACGUGUGGGAGUUCAUCUGGAUGAAGUUCCACUCGUCCAGCGCCGUGUCCGAGAAGAAGAUCCUGCUGGAGGCGCUGACGUGCUCCGACAACACGUUCCUCCUCAACAGGUUACUGAACCUGUCGCUGACCUCUGACCUGGUCCCGGAGCAGGAUGUGAUCGACGUCAUCAUCCACGUGGGCAGAAACCCUCAGGGUCGAAACCUGGCCUGGAGAUACUUCAGAGAGAAGUGGGACAUUCUCAACGCGCGAUACGGUGAAGCUUUGUUCAUGAAUUCAAAACUCAUCAGUGGAGUCACCGAGUUUCUGAACACGGAACAAGAACUCAACGAGUUAAAAGACUUCAUCCAAUCAAGCGGUGUGGGGGCGGGGCCUGCUUUGCCACGAGCACUAGAGAUCGUCGAGGGCAAUGUGCGCUGGCACCGCCUCCACCGGCGGCAGUUCUACCAGUGGCUGCGCAAACCUCCGAGCCCCGCCCUCGGCUAAAGGCGCCGUUGGCCAGCACAAGUGGAGCGACUGCAGACUGCUCAUGCUAUCGCACCGCUAGCUUCACAGAUGAAGUCAGAACGACCGACGCGACCGCUUCUUCAGCUCGUUUUUAUCUUUUUACACAAACUUUUUAUUUCUGAUUCUUUUGCCGUGGAAACGUAAAGAUGAAAUUUAAACGACAAAAGCUGAGAGUUAGCUAGCAGCCACUGUUUGAUAACAGCUAGCAUCAAAACUCCACCUGAAGCAGUUACUGAUAUCUAACUGCAGCAAGUCACUGUGGGCUAGCAUCAAAACUCCACCUGAAGCCAUCAUUGCCAGCUAACAGCUAGCUUCAAAACUCAAUCUGAAGCAGUGACUGCUAGCUAACAGCAGCAGUCACUAUUAGCUAACAGCUGGAAUCAAAAUUCUAUCUUAAAGUUAGCAUCACAGAGAGAUUUUGUUAGAUCAGUGAAAAAUGAGCGCAUUAACAAUAAAACACAAAGAAUUUGAAUUUAACAAACUUCGAGGAUGAAACAUUUAUGAUAAAGUAGCCAGUUAUGAAUUAAAGAGAAAAAAAAAGAUUGUAAGAACUAAAAAAAACUUUAUAUAAAUGUGAUUAUAAAUCUAGUAAAAUUAUAAUAAUUCUGAUAAUUCUUCAGAUUAGUGAAAUCUUUUUUAUUGGAUUAUUUUCUUCACCUCAAACUAAAAACAACAGAUUAUUUUAAUCUCAGUAUCAGUGAAACCAGAACCAGAUCUAGAACAAGAACCAGAGUCUGUUUAAUCUGAACCUGAAGUAAACGUAAAAAAAAAUCAAUAAGCAUAAUUUUUGUCAUUUUCCAUGUUUUUAUUCAAAUAGACGGAAAAACCAGAGCAGCUUGAAUCAGUCGUGUUCCCGCUCCAUGUUUGUUUGCAUGUUGAGUUGUGAUUAACUCAUUCAUUAUUAAAUAUUUGUUUAAUCUUCACAAAAACAUCAAUUUCAUCCAGAAUUCAGAGCUUUUAUUCUGAAAAAAUAUGACAAUUGUCGCUGGAAUUGACAAUAAACUCACAAAUAAAUCGCUGCUGCUGUAAAAGUUAAUAAAUAACCUUAACCAGUUUCAGAUAAUAAAUAACUAUUAGCAUGUGUUCGGCUCAAAGAAGACGCUGUAAUUCUCCAAAAUAAAGUUUGUUUCGAGCAUUAUUUAACAUUUUAUUCUAAGAAAUUGCUUUGAACAGUUUCUGAAAACCAAUCACUUAUUCAUUUUUAUUUUAAAGUCAUGAACCACGUUUUCAUCAGUCAUUUUAAUUUAUCUGAUUUUAUUUAAUCACCACGUUUUAUACACAAGAGCAACGCAAUGUGUUUUACGUAAAAACAAAAUUAGAAAACAGUAAAAAGUUUGCGCAAAACCCAAUUAUAAUAUAAAUAAAAUAGAUUCAUUUAAAAAAAAAAUGUGUAAUUGUGUCCUGAAUAAAAUGAACACUUUACACAACAUAAAUCAAACAAACGACUGAAUUACAAUUAUUAUUAUUUUUUUUUAAAUAGAGCAAAAUAACAAAAGGUCUAAAAGUUUUAGUAGAAAUUUUCUGUAAAACACGUUGAGUUGCUCUUGUGUUUUUAAAGGAUUUUGAAGACGCUGACGUCUCUUAUUUCAUGACCUCGUUAAAAAAAGCUCUGACGGAAGAAGUCGUUUAAUAUCCGACAGACGCACACAGACGUUCUGCGUCAGAGAAAGAAGACGAGCCGGUUGGGGGGCGGGGUGUUAACAACGCGACACCUCACGGACUGAAACCUCGGAGGAUCCUGAACCUUCGACCAAACAAAACCACAGAACUCAACGUCACGUCGCCGCUUCCACAAAAGCACAAAAGAAAGCGUUGAAGAAACAUUCUUUCCCUUUUCCCUUCCGUCGUGUUCCGAUCCGAUCGGCACGUUUUUAGCGACAGUCGCGUCGUCACGUGACUUAAAGACAUGGAGGACAGCGAAAGCGUGGAGAUUCUAAUCGGACUCAUGAGUGAAGAGAAGAGUUUGUCACAGUCUACGCCGACGACGCUGCGACAAAGACGGAUGACGCAACGACACAUCGCUUCCAAACCGCGAGGGAUUCUUCGUGCGAUGGACUCCGCGGCGCCCCCUGCAGGGCCACAGACUUUGGAACUCUUCUUUGUGGUGGAUUUUUCUCCAGGAUUUUUUUCUCUUUGAAGUUUAAACAACUAAAAAUAAACUUUUUUCUGGGGGGCGUGUCCAAAAUAAAGACUGGUGCAUUUUCAACCUCUCAUUCCUCAUGUGUCUGACCAGGGUUUGACGAUGUAGCGGUGAAGUCAAAGGGGGCGGAGUCAGUUGUAAUGUUUGUUGAUGGUGUCUCAUGCGUGUUAUUAUGAUAAUUAUGAUGCAGAUGUUUGAUUUUUAUUGUCUUGUCGCGGGAAAAAUGACGAUCAACUGUAAAUGAGAAAAAAAACAACAACAACUAACUGACGAUUUUACGACUCGGGACCAAAACAUUGGCAGAAACAGGAAGUGGCGGGGAGGUUGAGUUGAGCCCACUUCCUGUUUGCCCUGCUGUCGUUUCCUGUGUUUUCUGAAUGGACAAAUAUUAAAAGUGGUUGAACCUG